AAUGGCGGUUAAAGAAGGGAAUAAAUCUGAUGGAAUAUUGAGGAUGGAGUCGGACUGCUCCUGGAUUCUGACCUAAGUAUGUCGCUGUAUGUGCCAUUCCAUCUUGAUCGACACAGAUGCGCAACUAUCCUCCUUUCAGGUCAACAGAUCCCAGCUUCUGGACUGUUUUUUUGGGUAAUAUUCGUGGAUGAAAAGCGGCGUGACAAAGAUGAAGGAGGGAUACAUCAGAAGUGCAUGUCUCUUCGCCAAACACGCUCGUACAUGGGUCUAAGCAGUGCUUGUCCCAAAUGCAACGAUGCGUCGAGCUUCAUCGUUAAUAAGAAGCAGGAUAUUGCCAGAGCUACACAGAUAGUCUGUUGCCACGUUAGACGAACGAUACAGAGGGAAAACUUUUAGCGAGUGAAGGAUCU